GUGGUGUUGGUGAACAGGUUAAACACACGUUAUACGCUGAUUAUGGCUUUAUUGUUGUUUACAUCGCUCCAGAGCACCGUACUGAUACACUGGCAGAGGAAUUUCUGAUGUUUUAGCGGCGUAACCGCCACCGGUGAACAAACAACUAAAAAGUUUUGUUCUGGGCACAUAAAUAAGUGUAUACGUGAGAUUUAUACAUUUUUUUCUGAAACGAGGAAUGUGUGAAUCGCCCGAAUUACAGUCGGCUAUAAAGGAUUUCUUGAGCCAUGUGAAGACGGACAUGCCGCAGGUGGGAUACUGUCCUGGGUAAACCAGAUGCCACACCUCUCAGCCGGACUACAAAUGAGGUUAUACUAAAACGAUCUUAAAUAUUUAUUCUGUCAUAAAAAGAUGAAUUCGUAAGACUUCAUGAACAUGUCACCUAGUAAUUAUAUCUACCAUGAAGAGGCAGGGCUGCUUCCUCGUGCCAAGGGAUUCUGCUGUCGGCGGUUCUCAAAAACAAAGAUACUGGGACUGUUGUGUUUUGGAGCUCUUCUUCUGUUCUUGUUGACUCUCAGUAGUCCUGACCUUAGCCCGAAGGAUAAUUAUGGUGGUAAAAGACAAUUGUUGCCAAACGUUGUUGGACUCUUUGGUCCAGCAAACAAACCAGGACGCGGUGGUAAAUUCAAUACUUACAUUCAAAGCAACAUUCCUGUUCAUAAAAAGACAGAUCUUCGUCAGAGGCUGCCGCAGUGUCUUAUCAUAGGUGUGAAAAAGGCAGGCACAGGUGCCAUGGUACAGUAUUUAAAAUUACACCCAGAUAUUGUUAUAGCAGAUAAAGAACUUAACUUCUUUGACUAUGAGAGAAAUUUCAAGCUGGGAUUUGAUUAUUAUAAAACCUUAAUGCCACCUUCUUAUGAGGGACAGAUAACCAUGGAAAAAACUUCAAAUUAUUUUCACAAUAAAGACACUGAAUGGCGUGUGUACAGUAUGAAUACUUCUAUGAAAAUGAUUUUACUAGUUCGAGAACCUAUUGCUCGUGCAGUUUCCGAUUACCUCCAGAGAAAGCAGAAGGAUAAAAGCAACAAAGAAUUAACACCAUCGUUUGAAGAAUUAAUUAUUCGGCAAAAAAAUGGAAAAAUUAAUGAGGGAUAUCCAGGAAUUCGUCCUUCGUUUUAUUACAAACACAUGGUGCGAUGGCUUAAAUACUUCCCUCUUACACAAAUCCACAUCGUCGAUGGUGAUAACUUGGUGCGGAAUCCUUACGAGGAAGUUCAUGCAGUGGAAAAGUUUCUUGGAUUACCUCACUUAAUAACACCAGAUAGAUUUGUGUUUAGUGAUAAAAAGGGAUUUUACUGCAUGUCUAUUGAUGGUGUCAAUGGAACUAGACAAGAGCAGUGUUUAUCUAAAGGCAAAGGUCGGAAACACCCGGAUGUUGAUAAGAGAGUGAUGGAAAUGUUAACAGACCUUUUUAAACCGCUGAAUGAACAGUUUUACAAUUUAAUAGGUAGGAAAUUUAACUGGUAGUUAUUAUCAGUUGUAAAAUCUACACUGGGAAAUGUUCUCCAUUAAUGAAGUGUUAAACUAAUUGGCUUGCAAUGUAUUAAAUAAGUGUGGAUUUUAACUGCACUAGGCUCUCUAUUGUUUGAGUAAUGAACUAUUUUAAGUUUAACAUACUGAUUAUAUAUAUAUUUGUUAUCUUGAACACACGUGUUUUGUUUACAGACUUUUCAUGAUGUGUUAACUUAAACAAUGAUAAUGAAAGUUAAAUGUUCGUUUCAAAGUGAUAUAUUACGUUACAUUUGAAUAUGGAGACCAAGUUGUAGAACUGGUCACCACCGCUGUCCCAUUUAGAAUUCCACUUCGUAUAAUGCCUGUUUAUCAAUAUGUGUAAACGUGAACAAAAUAAUUACAUGUGCCCAGAAGAAUUACAGAUAAACAUAACACUUUUAAGUCUACAUCAGUUGAUGAUUUUAGAUAAUAAACACUUUUAAGCCAAUACAGUUAGAAGGACUGUGACAAAGAUACUAAACAAGAUAACAUCAUUUAUCAAACAUUAGGAUUAUAACCAAAUAAUGCUUUGACAGAGAGGAUAAUAAGGGUCUGGAUUGUUAAAACCUAGGAGGCAACUGAGGGAAAUCCAAAUCGGUCAUGAUGAUGUUAAAAAGCUUAUGGAGAGGUGAAAGUAGCCCCCUUUUUAUUUUUAUUUAUUUAUUUUUUUAAUCAACGUUUACAUUACAUGAUUUGGCUCUGUAAAUGUGAACUUGUUUAACCAAAAUUGUAACUAGCUGUUGAUCAAGGAUAAAAUAAGUAAGAUAAUUUUUAAAAUGAUAUAAGAAUAUUAUCUGCCUCAGCAACAUCUUUAUACAUGUUAGGUAUGGUAGCGUUAUUAAACCGGUAAGGGAUAUAUACAUGCAUUGCAUCAGAAUACUUACAAAAAGUAGCCUAUAUCUGGGUUUACUAUCACGAAUGACAUUUCGGUUUUAAUACCUGAAUUGAAUGACAUUGUGUUCAUUUUUAAUGUUCUUUUAACUUGUUUUUAUACAAUUUGAUAACUCAACUUUUGCUGUAACGAGUAUUUGGCAUUGUCAACUUUAUGUUUGGCCUAAAGUGUGAUGUACCAUACGCAAUAUCAAGUUUUAAACUGGUCUGAAAUGAUUGUUUAAAAGUUUUGAGCACUUAUUUGAUACUGUUAAAGAGAUGUGUUCUUGCUAUUUUAGACUAUAAAUCAUACAAAAAGUACUACAUAUGUAGCUGUUUAAAAUUACAACAUAAAUAAACAUAUCCAGACAACUUGAAUUAUGUCUAUUUGGUGAUAAAUGUAAAAAGUUUGAAAUUUGAUCCAUGAUAAGCACUCAGAACUUAUAUAUAGAGUUUAUUAAAGUUAUUUAGGUUUUAACUUGCUUUGUGCAAACAGUCAACGGAAACGUCUAAGUAAAUCGUCUAUAAUAUUUCAACAUUACUUGUAUGUUUGUAUCGAUUGAUAGAUUUACUGCCAACGAAUCAGCAAUGACUGAAUUAUCAUUAUACUUACAGUUUGUGUAUGUGACAUUUAGAAAUAUACACCGUGUAACAUGGUAGACUGUCAAUGUCAUCCGAGAUAUUAAUAAAAUGAGUGUGUACUUUGUA